AUGAUGUCCUCCACCAACGAUGAGGAUCCCUUCCUCCAGGUCCAACAAGAUGUCCUCAACCAAAUGGCCACCACCCGGCCUCUAUUCGCCUCAUAUCUCCGAAUUCGCUCCUUGUCCACAAAUGCUAGCUCGCCCGAACUUGCCUCAGCUCGCUCAGAGCUCGAGAGCGCCUUGUCAUCCCUUGCCGACGACCUAGCCGACCUUGUCGCGUCCGUUCAAGCCGUCGAAUCUGAACCUGCGCAAUUCGGCCUCUCAGCCCACGAGGUCACGCGCCGAAAGCGCCUGGUUCAAGAAGUUGGCGGCGAGAUUGACGACAUGCACGAUGAGCUUGCCAAGAGGGUGGACGCGAGCGACCUGCCCGACCCGAAUGCGUUUGCCAUUGACGGCGAUGGUGACGAUAACUACGCUGAGUUCGAGCAACAGCAGCAGAUGGAAAUAAUGCACGAGCAGGAUCAGCAUCUAGACGGCGUGUUUCAGACAGUGGGCAACCUGCGCCGGCAGGCGGAUGAUAUGGGAAGGGAGCUCGAGGAGCAGCGUGAGAUGCUGGAGGAUGUGGAUAAUAUAGCCGAUCGCGUCCAGAGCCGGUUGGCGGUAGGUGUGCAGAAGCUGGGGCAUGUGAUGCGGCAGAACGAGGAUCGCUACAGCAGCUGUUGUAUAGCUGUCCUCAUAUUUGUUCUCAUUGUGCUCCUGGUCCUCCUCCUGAUCAUAUAA